AUGGCAUCAGAAUCAGAAGGGCAUAUGAACCCCACCAAAGAGACAAAGCAAUCACAAGCAGCAAGUAAAAGAGUGUGGAGUGAGGAUGAAGAGAUUUUAAUCCUAAAAACUGCAAUCGAAUUUUCAAGCAAAAAAGGAGUGGACCCAACUGCCCUUGGCCACAGAACUCUUUUUUUUAACUUUAUCAAACAAUCAUUUUCCAAUGAUUAUUCCAAACGCCAACUUGUCAAAAAAUUGAAGAGCUUGAAGAAAAAAUUUCAGAGUAAUUUUGUCAAAGGUAAGGCCAUUGCUACUCCACAUCAAAACAAACUGUUUGAGCUUUCACUUAGCUUAUGGGGAAGCAACAAAGCUAAUUGUACGAGUGGGAAGGAGGUUUCAAAAAUUAUUUGUAAAAAGCUAAAUAUUUGGUUGGGAAAGAAUGUUGUUAGGGAAGUGAUUAAACAUAAAGGAGAAGGUAAAAUGUUAGAGUUGUUGCGGCAAUGGAAGGAAGUUGAAGAAAUGGAAUUGGAGCUGAGCUUGAAGAGGGCAGAGUUGGUGAUGUUUGAAACUCAGAUUAUGUUAGAUAAGUAUAAGAAAUCUCCAUCUAUGCUCUGA